AAACAAACAGGCUGCGUCUUCUCAAAGCUGACUGACGACUUCUGAAAUUUGACACAGUUUAUAUAAAAAGCUCAAAAAAGAAAAAUAACCUUUUCAUUCUUUACCAUUUAAAGUGUAGAGGAUCUACUUACUGUAAACCCUUCUUCCCCUUGUGCUGUUCGGGAUUAGUCGUCGUUCUGAUUAGCUCUCCAAUCUUCCCUGAAUUUGAUCCAAAUCUCUCAUGGCUGACGCUGCCGAAAAAGCUCCUGAAUCCAAAGUCACUGGGAGUUGGGCAGACGAAGCCGAUGCCGAAGAAGAAAACAAGUCGCCGGCGGAGGCCACAACCUCCGAGGAGGUUGCUCUCGAUUCCUUAACCAUCGAGGAAACAAGAAAAAUCAACAAAGAAGUUUCGGAUCCCGAUGAUAUCAGUAUCGAAGCUGUUACAAGUGGGGAUGCUAUUUAUGAAUCAGCAAAAAAGUUCGAAGAUUUGAACUUAUCUCCCGAGCUGUUAAAAGGGUUGUACGUGGAGAUGAAAUUUGAAAAGCCUAGUAAAAUCCAAGCUAUUAGUUUGCCCAUGAUCCUGACUCCUCCGUUCAAGAAUUUGGUGGCACAAGCUCAUAAUGGUUCCGGGAAAACUACCUGUUUCGUGCUUGGCAUGUUGAGCCGAAUAGACACUAAGCUUACUGCACCACAAGCACUCUGUAUCUGCCCGACGAGGGAACUGGCAAUUCAGAAUAUGGAAGUGCUAUUGAAGAUGGGUAAGUUCACAGGUAUUACAUCGGAAUUGGCUAUCCCAGCUGAAACUGCCAAUUACAUUCCGAUGAACAAGAGAGCGCCUAUCACUGCUCAAGUAGUGAUUGGAACCCCUGGCACGAUAAGUAAACUCAUUACAGCAAAGAAGCUUAGCUUGAGUUUCUUAAAGAUACUCGUCUUUGAUGAGGCGGAUCAUAUGCUAGCAGAGAGUGGUUUCAGAGAUGACUCUAGGAAGAUAAUGAAAUUCAUCGUUAGAAGCAGUCCCGAUUGCCAGGUUCUUCUCUUUUCGGCCACAUUUAGUGAUGCAGUCAGGGUAUUUGUUGAUCAGACGAUCAAAGAAAUCUUUAACCGAGAUUAUAAUCAGAUGUUUGUGAAGAAGGAAGAACUAUCGCUGGCUUCAGUGAAACAGUAUAAAGUCAAUUGCCCUGAUGAACUUGCCAAGGUCAUGAUUGUUAAAGACAAAAUCCUUGAAUUUGGUGACAAAGUGGGGCAAACAAUCAUUUUUGUUAAAACUAGGAACAGCGCUGCAAUGUUGCAUAAGAGUUUAGUUGGUUUUGGCUAUGAAGUUACAACAAUUCAAGGUGCUUUAAAGCAAGAAGAACGCGACCAGAUAAUUAAGGAGUUCAGAGAAGGUUUGACUUCAGUCCUUAUAUCAACUGAUGUUCUGGCUCGUGGCUUUGACCAAUCGCAGGUAAAUCUGGUUGUCAACUAUGACCUUCCUGUUGAGUAUCACACAUCUGAGCCUGACUAUGAGGUUUACCUGCAUCGGGUUGGUAGAGCGGGGCGAUUUGGCCGCAAAGGUAGGUUUUGUGAUUUAAAUUUUUUGAUGUUAUUUAUUCCUCUUCGUGUUUUAGUACUUGGUUUUGAUUGGUUUCAGUUUCAUAAUUUGAGAAACAGAAUGAUUCCAGUACUGUGUAAUUAUUUGAUGAUGAUCAAGAUUUCAGAGUGUCUUGAACAACUUUAUCAUCCUUUUAGAUUGAGUUGGAAUGUCUUCCAAUUUACCGUGUCCAUUGUGCACUUAAGAUAUAGAUGGUGCCUCUACCUUUAUUUCCUCUUCUUAUCAAUCAUCUUCUUACUUCGCAUCUUUGUCUGUGCUUUUGAUGUAUAUGUGUAUUUCUCUCUGAUUUAGCACCAUGAUUGCACUUCAAAAUUUAUGUUUCUGUCUGGAUCAUUUGUCUUGGUUAUACACGCUCUUCAGUGAGCUGAUGAAUUCAAAUAUGCUAACUUACAUUAAAGUCAACAUGCGCAUCACAGGAUUAUAACCAUGCCUAAACUUUAUGCAGGUGCUGUUUUUAACUUGCUUUGCUCUGAUAUGGAUAGGCUAGUGAUGGCAAAGAUAGAAAGGUAUUUCAACUGCGAAAUAGCUGAGGUAUGUGGUCUUUUGUCAUGCACAGUUUUCUAUUCACUAUUGUGUUAUUUUGGAGUUGAGUGAAACAAAAUUUAUUGGAGUUGGAGUAGUCAGAAUUUAGAUUUUAGUGAAUGUAAAAAGAGAACAGACUGUUGAAGUUUGACAUUCUCGCAUCAAUAUCUGCAGUUAGCAAAUUGGCAAAGUGAGGAAGAAUUUAAAGAUGCUCUGAAAAAGGCGGGGUUGCUCUGAUGUAUCCUGCACAACCGCACAACCAAGGAUUCGCAUCAUGGGGUCUGAAUUGGAUAUGGUAUUUGAAGAUGGAACACAGAGUACUGAGAAUAGUCAAUGGUGCUGGAGGUGGAAGGAAUGAUUUUUUCUUUGAUAGUAUUUUGAUGUACUCAGUAUGUUGGUGUAAUUGGUGAUCAUUUUAAGGUCUGAAUGAAGUUGUGCUAGUAGUGGUAUUUCAGGAGCGAAUUCCAGUGUGCUCUAGCUGGCAAACUGCUGCUUUUGCUAGGGUAAGUUUUGCUGUAUUUGGUGAUCAAGAGAGACGGUAUAUGGAUUAAAAUUAUUCAAUGAAGAAUGAGAACAGACAACUUUUGAAUCCAAUCAAUGAAAGCAUAUUUACU